CCAUCCAUUUCAACUCCAGGUUCACUCUCAUUGGCUUUCUCAAUAAUAUGACAAGUAGUAAAAACUCAUUAAAUUGCUUCAAAAUAGUAGUAUCAAGUAACCUGAUGAUUUUCCUCUCAAUAUAUCACGCAGGGAUGUUUAUAGUGGCCUUUUUGUUUGUGUUGCUGGCCAUGGCGGCUUGGGCAUGUCAAGCCAUCCGCCCUCCGCCUCCCAAAAUCUGUGGCAGCGCUGGCGGCCCGCCUGUGACAGCACCUAGAAUAAAGCUCAAGGAUGGAAGGCAUUUGGCCUACAAGGAGCAUGGAGUGUCAAAAGAAGUGGCAACAUAUAAGAUUAUCUAUAUUCAUGGCUUCAGAACUUGUAGACACGAUGUAGUGAUUGCAACAAACCUCCCUACAGAAUUUUUCCAAGAGCUAGGACUCUACAUUGUGUCCUUUGACAGACCAGGCUACGGAGAAAGCGACCCAAAUCCAAAACAAACAGUGAAAAGUUUGGCUUCAGAUGUACAAGAGCUUGCUGAUCAAUUGGACCUCGGAACCAAAUUUUACGUAAUUGGUAAUUCUAUUGGUGGCCAGCUGGCUUGGGGCUGCCUCAAGUAUAUCCCUCAUAGGCUUGCUGGAGCAGCACUAGUCUCUCCUAUUGUCAACUACUGGUGGCAAGGCUUUCCAACCAACUUGUUAAGAGAGGCAUACAAGAGAGAACCGGCUCAGGACCAGUGGGCAAUUCGAGUUGCUCACUAUAUGCCAUGGCUAACCUAUUGGUGGAACACGCAGAAGUGGUUUCCUGCAUCAAGCGCUGUCGCUGGUAACAUUAAUUCAUUAUCUCCUCAGGAUUUACAAAUAAUGUCCAAGGUGGUUGGGACAAAAAUAUCCAAGGGUCAGGCAACCCAACAAGGAGUAUUUGAGUCGAUGCACCGGACAUUGAUGAUUGGACUUGGGAACUGGGAAUUCAGUCCAAUGGAUAUUGAUAACCCUUUUCGUAAUAAGGAAGAAGGCUUCGUCCACGUGUGGCAGGGCGACGAAGAUAGGAUAACGCCAGUUACGCUACAACGCUAUAUCACCGACAAACUUCCGUGGAUUAAAUACCAUGAGUUGCCGGGCGCUGGUCAUUUCUUUCCAUAUGCUCCUGGAAUGGGUGAACUCAUCAUAAGGUCACUUUUGUCUAGGGGCAAUUAAUGGCAACGCACUUUUGAUGCUUUUUUUCUUCAGUUUUCUUACUUGGCCUCUUUUUUAUUUUUUGGCCUUUUUGAUUGUUUAUUGCUUUCAAAGUCUUUUGUUUUUUGUUUUUCCUAUUUGGUUAAGAUAUGUUUUUGUAGUGUCGAG